AUGAAUAGUCAAAAUUCACGAAACUCUAAUGUAAAUGAAUUUAAUAAAUCUUUUCAAAGUUCAUCAUUUAAAAGAAAACUUCUUUAUUAUUUAAAGUUUCAAAAUCAUUCUAUUAUUGGAAAAAUUUCUUUAUGCCUAGCAGGAUAUUUGAUUUUUUUUAAUACUACUAUGUAUUUUUGGAAAAAACCUGAUUAUCCAAUUAAUAAUUUUAUGUGGAGAAUUAAGAAAGCUAAUGGAACAUUAAGUAAAGAAUGUUUGGAAAAAGAAAGAAUUUUAGGGGAAUUUCAUAAAUCUAAAAUUACUAAAAACGAUGAUAGUAAAAGACCAUGGUUUUCAUCAAUUUAUGAAUAA